GGGAUAAGUCGCCCGAAGAAGAGGCGAUUUGUCGCUGGACGACUAAUCUCCCCAAGUAGCAGCUUGUGCCACCACCCUUAACCCAGCGAGCGUGCAGCUCAGCCCACCCCAGAUGUGUCACAGAGUCUCUCAGUCUGGAUCCACAGGGGUACUGGUAGGUUUGCCACCUUUUCCAGAAAAUAAUACCGGCCUUUCUAUAUAUUUAUCUUUUUUCCGUAUUAAUAACAUUGGGAUCAACCAUCAUUUUUACCGGCCAGGUGGCAACCCUAGGUACCGGGGACUCAGGUUCCCUUCCUACACUCUCCCCCAUCGAUUUGGAUACCCAGGAGCAGAUCAAAGUGGAGAGAAAGCGACUCAGAAAUCGAAUCACCGCUCCCAACGCCACAAGACAAAGCUGGAGCGUAUCGCCAGGCUGGAGGAGAAGGAGCUCAAGUCACAAAACUCGGACUUGGCCUCCACCUCCAGCCUCCUGAGGGAACAAGUGUCCCAGUUAAAGCAGAAAGCCAUGAGCCAUUUCAUCUGCACCUGCAAGAUAGCGACCUCCAAAUCUAUCCUAGGGGCUAAAGGUGUGGUGGGAGACAGUCAGGAUAUCUGCCCUCCGGGUUUUGGGAUGCAGCUCCCAACCUUCAUGCCUGACUGUCGGUGCAUGCUGAGUUGUAGUUCAGCAGCUGGGUGCUAGAUAUAUUAGACAUCCUUGGGCAUGAGGCUUUAAAAGCUGGAGGAAUGAAUAAUCUAUAUAAAGAAGGAAGACCCACCCAAUGUAAUAGGGAGCUAUGGCACCCAACCAGUAUUUAUGUAUUGAAACACAAGGCACAGUACAAGUAAUGGUUUCUCCAUGAUAAAGCUGAAGAUAAACUGUUGUUUUCUUGAGGCCUGGUGACAUAGACCAGCCAUUACAUGUUCUGAGAGGGGCUCCAUUCUCAAAUGGAUAUUCUGUCCAGUAAGAAAGCAGAAUGCUUAGAAGUAUAUAAAAAUGGAUUAGGAUCUCCCAAGUCGGCCUCAGAGAGCCACAUUACACAGCCCCUCCCUUCUAUCCAGACAAAUGAACUUGCUGGACCUGUUUUGGUUUUCAGCUCUGGUUUUCCAGCCCAAAAUACAAGAACUUUCCUGUUCAAGUGGCAAAAAGCCAUUUGCUUUAGGUAUAGUUAUGUUGUUUUUUCUGGAAAAUUGAAUAGAAAUAGAAAUCUAAUUAAUGCAAGACUUUAUUUAAUACCGCUGCUUGUGCCAAAAGGUUAUUUUUGUGUAAGUUUUAAGUGAUCUUUAUUUAAUUUGGAGAAUUGUUUUUUUCCCUCAGUCCUUUGAGUUGAACAAUGUAGUUUUGCCCUUGUGGGAAACAACCCAUCAUUAUUUUGUUUGUUUUUGGGGGUAUUUUGCAUUUUGACAGGGAUGAGAUUGUACAGUUGUGGGUGUCUGUUUAUUCAACUUGUUUUUUGUGUUUGUUUAAACUUCAGUUCCUGUUCUGCUAAAAUUUCGCGCAGCAGCCUUAAAGGGACAAUAUACAUCACUUCAUAAUGAGCCAUUAAAUCAGCAUCUAAUGAACUCCUCUUUAUCUGUAAAUCUGAGACACAGCAAUUCAAAGAAAUGAAAUGCAGUGUUUAUAGGGUUCUUCACAUAAGUGGAGGGGGGAUUUAGAGCCAAAAAAAAAGGUUUUGAUUAUAAAAUGAUUUUUCUAAAUUUAAUGAGUAGGCAGAACACAUUUUUUAAUACAAUUAAGUCUAUUUGGCUCAGGCUGAGAAAUGGUGUAUAUUUAACAUUUAAAAUGCUCAGUAAGGUGUCUCAGCAGUGUCUCUGGAAUAUUAGCAACUAUUUUAUCAAUUCUAACAGCUGCUUUUAAUGAAACUCGGGGGUUUCUGGUGAACUAUCUGAAACAAACUGAACUGAAAAAAGUGUUGGAAGGUGAACAACCCCAUUAAAAAACACAUCAAGUAUUACACUUGUUGAGAUUUAUUGCGAUUGCACUAAGUUCUAUAGUUUUGUAUACCUAGUGACGUGUUAUUCUCUACGCAAACUAAUGUUUCUAUGGCUAAUCUAGGGACCAUAACAAUGUUGUUGUCUCCUCAAGGGUUAAAGGAGAACUCAACCCAAAAGUUAAAAAAAAC